UAUCUUUUAACAGGAAGUGACAGGUGCCCGCUGUUGGUUCCUAGCUCAGAAGUUGUAUUUUCAGUUUCGCGCUUUCGGUUUCAGUCGGUUGUUGCUACUAAAAAGAUACCUCAGAAUGGCAGACCCCACUGGCCUCAGUGAUACAGAUCCAACAUCAUUCUCAAAUCCAGAUAAAGUGGUUGUCACAGACAUUGAUCUAGAUCUUGAGGUGGACUUCAAACGUCAUGUUCUAACUGGUGUGGUUAAUCUCUCUCUUAAAAAGCUUAUUGAUGGUGUAGAUACAGUGAUUUUAGAUACGCGUGAUGUGACAGUUCACAGUGUGAUAGAUAAACAGACAGGUCAACAGCUUGAAUUUGUUUUGGGAGAGAAAUUGCCAGCUUUUGGAUCAAAACUGGAAGUAAGACUACCGACAACAGCUCAAAAAAGUUGUGAUAUUACCAUAAAGUAUGAGACUUCACCAGAAUGUAGUGCCCUGCAGUGGUUACGUCCAGAACAAACUGCUGGAAAAAGACAGCCAUACCUGUUCAGUCAGUGUCAGGCUAUACACUGCAGAAGUAUGAUUCCUUGUCAAGAUACACCAUAUGUUAAAUGUCCAUACACAGCAAAGAUUACAGCUCCCAUUGAAAUCAAGAUUUUAAUGAGCGCAUUGCUGGAGAAGUCCGAGCCAAGUCCAGAUACUGGGAAGACGGUGUACAGUUUCAGACAGAAAACACCAAUGCCAAGCUAUCUCAUUGCCAUUGUUGGUGGAGAUAUUGUCUCCAGGAAACUGGGACCAAGAAGUCACGUAUGGUCAGAGCCAGAAUUAGUGGAAAGAUCAGCAUUUGAGUUUGAUGAGACUGAGAAAAUGUUACAAACAGCUGAGGAUCUGCUUGGCCCCUAUGUUUGGGGUCACUAUGAUCUUUUGGUACUACCCCCAUCUUUCCCAUAUGGUGGAAUGGAAAAUCCUUGUCUCACCUUUGUGACUCCAACAUUACUGGCAGGAGAUCGUUCUCUGGCAGAUGUUGUAGCACACGAGAUUUCCCAUAGUUGGACUGGCAAUCUGGUAACAAAUAAAACAUGGGACGAUUUCUGGCUGAAUGAAGGAAAUACAAAGUUUGUGGAGAGAAAGAUUGUAGGAAAUCUUAAAGGAGGUGAAAAAUUACGACAGUUUCUUGCACACAAAGGCUGGACUAUAUUGACUGAAACAGUUGAUGUACUGGGUAAGGAGCAUGCCUAUACAAAGUUGGUACAGGACACAAGAGGUGUAGACCCCGAUGAUUCGUUCUCUUCCAUACCUUACGAGAAAGGACACGCCUUUCUGUUUUACCUUGAACAGCUCCUUGGAGGACCAGAUGUAUUUGAGCCAUUUAUGAAAGUAUAUAUAGAGAACUUCAAAUACAAGUCAAUAACAACAGCAGACUGGAAAGAUUUUCUUCUCUCGUACUUCUAUGAACAGACUGCAGCAGGAGUAUUUGACAAUGUGGACUGGGACGGUUGGUUGUACGGGGUAGGGAUGCCGCCAGUCAGACCUAGAUACGACAUGACUAUGGCUGAGAGUUGCGAGACACUUGCUAGGAGAUGGUUAGAUAGUAGUGAGGAACAGCUUACAGAUUUCACCUACAGUGACAUAGAAAAAUUCUUACCUGUACAAACUGAACAGUUCCUUGCAACAUUCCUAAACCACACACCACUGUCACAUGCCAAAAUUGUCAAAAUGAGGGACACAUACAAAUUCAGUGAAGUUCAAAACUCAGAAAUUAAAUUCCGGUGGUUACGUGUGUGUAUUCGAGCGCAAUAUGAACCUGCAAUACAGCCAGCAUUACAGUUUGUUACAGAGCAAGGCAGAAUGAAAUUUGUGAAGCCAAUUUACAGGGAUUUAUACAACGGGAAACAAGCCGGUCUCAAGCCCAAAUCCACAUUUGAAGCAAACAGGAACCAGAUGCAUAUACUACCGCGAACACAGUUCCAAAAGGUCCCUGUAUCCAGAAUAAUCAAAAUUUCAUCGACAUUUAAUCACAGAUAUACUAGUUAUUUAAAUCAGUAUUGA